AUGGAUCACAAUGAAACAACCCCAGACAGGGUCGAUUUAAACCGAUUGUCCGUUGUCUCAGAAGAUGAUGAAGAUCAUGAAUCUGCCUUGACCAUAGUGUCAGUUCUUGACAGAGUAGCCACCAUCGUGGAUACUGUGCAGGAAAGCCAGAAAAGAAUUGAGGAACGUCACAGAGAAAUGGAGAAUGCCAUCAAGACCAUUCAAAUCGACCUUCUAAAACUAGCCCAGGCUCAUAGCAAUACCAGCUACACAGUAAACAAACUACUUGAGAAGACUCGGAAAGUUAGCACCAAUGUGAAAGAUGUAAGAUCUCGAGUAGAUAGACAGAGCGAUCAAGUGCAAAAGGUAGAAUCCAAGCAAGAAGAGAUGCUGCGAAAGAACAAAUUCAGAGUUGUAAUUUUCCAGGAGGAUAUUGAAUGCCCAACUAAGUUGACUGUUGCAAAGGAAUCGGCCUUAGAUGGGUACUUGAAGGAUAAACUCUAUUCACCAAAUGACCUUUCUUCUGAUGAGGAGUAUGAAGUGCCAGAGUCCAGAGCUUCACGUCUAAAAAAAUCUGGCAUGCAGCGCAUCGACAACAUCAAAAAAGCAUUUUCCAAAGAAAGCAUGCAGAAGACACAGCAAAACUUUGGAAAGAAAGUCAAUAGGAUUCGCACCAGGAUAGUUACUCCCGAAAGAAGGGAGAGAAUCAGGCAAUCUGGAGAAAGGCUAAAACAGUCUGGAGAGAGAUUUAAACAAUCCAUAGCAAAAGCAUCACCCAAGAAGGAUACAUUUAAACUCAAUAAAAAGAAGAAGGAAAAAGAACGUACAACAGCAGAAGGUCAAGAAAAUGGCAAAGAUGAUGAAGAAGAGUCUGUUUCUGAGGAUGAAACUGUGAAACCCAUCUCAGAAGUGACCUAUACCGAAGUGGUCACCGUUAAGAAGAAAAAGAAUAGUGAAAAGGCUGAGCUUCUUCCAGCUCAGGAUGAAGAGAAGGCAAGCUCCGUCUCAGAAAAGCCAUUGCUGAAACUGGAAACAAAGCUGGAUACAGAUGAAACCCCACUUGUUGAUAUCAAACUGUCAUAA